ACUUGCGCGCAUGCGCUGUUCCUCAACGUUAGGCGUAGGGAGCGGGCCACGGUGCAAACCGCAUUCAUUUACGAGAUGGCUGGAUUGCCUCGCAGGAUCAUUAAGGAGACACAGCGAUUGAUGGCCGAGCCUGUGCCUGGUAUCAAAGCGGAGCCUGACGAGGGGAACGCACGGUAUUUCCAUGUAGUCAUCGCUGGGCCGCAGGAUUCACCCUUCGAGGGUGGGACAUUUAAACUGGAGCUGUUUCUCCCGGAGGAAUACCCAAUGGCUGCUCCAAAAGUCCGUUUUAUGACCAAAAUCUACCACCCCAACGUGGACAAGCUGGGGAGAAUCUGUCUGGACAUUCUGAAAGACAAGUGGUCUCCAGCUCUGCAGAUCCGUACAGUGCUGCUCUCUAUUCAGGCUCUGCUGAGCGCUCCGAACCCUGAUGACCCGCUGGCCAAUGAUGUAGCCGAACAGUGGAAGAGCAAUGAAGCUCAAGCCAUUGAGACAGCCCGAACAUGGACCAGGCUUUAUGCCGGAAACAACAUUGAAGUUUAGGGGAAAAAAAGUGAGAAAAGUGGAACAAUCUCCUCCUUUCUUCUUCUGUAAUUAAAGGACACAUUCUCAGACAAAUUAAAACAGCGGGGGGAAAUAAAUAGAUUCAGAACCAACUACUGCAGCUCUUUGGGUGAGUGUCGGGUGUGUCUGUGACUGACUGUUCCUGGAUCAGCUUGGAGCUAGCGUUCACUCCUCUAGAUGAUCUCUAUGGGUUGGGCAGGAAAUGAUGAAUGAUGAAGGCCCGGGGCUUCAUGACCGCUACCUUUUCAUGUUCACUACACUGGACCAGGUUGGAGUGUGCAGUCCAGUCAUUCACACAGCGGCUUUCACCGGAAACAGAUUGUAGGCUUGUGCAUUCAGAGCCCCAGGCCUUACACCCAUGGAUGAUGGUUAAUUUUGCUUGUUAUGGGGCGUAGAGGGAGGGCCUGUUAAUCGUAGGUUGCAUAUAUGCUGCUUCUUGGUCAGGGACAAAAAUGAUGUGAAUUUUGACCUUUCUUUUUUUCUUCCUGUGAAACUCUUCAGUUUAUUAAAAGCAUGUUGUUAACCCGUCUAAAUCAUGGCCGACCUGAAAGAACCUGCUCUGAUGUUGUUGUAUUCUAAGCGAAGCUUGCGUGAGUGUGCUUAUGUGUGUAAAAGUUUGUCAAGUCUGGUGUGGAAUCUGUACGACUUGUGUGGGAAAAUUAAAUCUGUAAAUGUUCAGUUUUAGUAAAAAUAUUUUUGGUUAUGUUA